ACGGGCGUUAACAACACCAUAACCUGUGGCGCUGACGGUAACUGGGAAACCAUGACUGGCCAUGGUUCAUGUGAUGAAGUGAACUGUGGUUCGCCGACACUUCUACCCUUUGGAACCUUUAACUACAGCUCUACAACUUAUGGUUCCCCGAGCCAUCUGCUUUGCAACACGGGCUAUAGAUUUGCUGGCACCAACAACACUAUAACCUGUAGAGUUGAUGGCACAUGGGACCCAAUAUCCGGAUCAUGUGACGUUGUGAACUGUGGUUCCCCUGCGCUGAUCCGCAACGGCGCCAACAACUGCAGCAGCAGCGCUACAACGUAUGGUGCACUGUGCUAUCUGGUUUGCAACACCGGCUACACCUUCACUGGCGCUAACGACACUAUAAGCUGCACUGAUGCUGGUGACUGGGGUACAUACUCAGGAUCAUGUGUGGCCGACUGUGGAACACCGACUGUAGAAAACGCCAUCGUGUCAUACAACGGCACGAUUUACGGUUCAAAGGUCAGGAUCACCUGCGUCAACGAAACCUUUCUGUAUGACGGUAACGCCUCGAUCAAAGUCGUGAUUCUUAAAGCAAACGAAGUGAAAGCAGAGAUUCUGUUUAACGGCGAGGGGACAACACGGACCAGCUGGUUCUCAAUAACUCAAAUGAUCAACUCAACCUGGACAGAUCUCAACGAUGAAGCGACGUUUAAUUACUUCAGUAUUCCAGGACUUGGAGGACAUCAUCGGCGAUUUUAUAUAAACAAUCUCUUCAAUGGAUGUCCAGGAGAUAUAGGUUGGAUGCUGAUUAAAGAUAAAGCUAUCAACAGCCCCUGUGAUUGGGAGAAGACGACUACCCCGACUAUCUUGUUCAGUAAAGCCUCGACCGCUACAUUGUCUACAGAUUGGGAAUCGGCGGAUGUGAUGGCAGUACUGGCACAGCUAGGAUCUCACGAUUAA